AUGAGUCUCAGGGUGACUAUACUGAUUCAUUUACUACUGCUCGUUGACAAGGCUGUUUCUAAAAAAGGUGUUAAAUGUGGAGGAAUCCUCUCGGCUCCAUCAGGAAAUAUCUCCAGUCCAAACUUCCCAGGCCUGUAUCCCUACAGCAUAGACUGCUCCUGGCUAAUUGUGGUGGCAGAGGGCUCCUCUGUCCUCCUCACCUUCCACCAUUUUGAGCUGGAGUACCACAGCAGCUGUGCUUACGACUACAUCAAAAUAUAUAAUGGCAUAGCUGAGGAUGAGGGGAACCUCCUUGGGACAUUUUGUGGUGACAUCUCUCCUCCUCAGUUCACCUCAUCUUGGAAUGUCAUGUCCAUCAUCUUCCACUCAGACCGCCAUGUGGCCUUCAGGGGAUUCAGUGUUGGCUACAGAAAAGAUAUGUGCGGUGGAGUCCUGACCGGUCUAUCAGGUGUGAUCUCCAGUCCAGGAUAUCCUCAGGAGUACAGCAACAAUGCCGACUGCACCUGGGCCAUCCAUGUGUCUAACACGAGUGUGGUCACCUUAGUGUUCUUGGACUUCCAGCUUGAAAACAAUGAGGGAUGUAAUUUUGACUUUGUCGCCCUGUUUGACGGCCCAACAGUCACCCACCGCCACCUUGGCAAAUACUGUGGGGCAGAUAAACCCCCCAACAUAGUCACCACUUCCAACCAACUUCUGGUAGUUUUCAAGUCUGACUUCAACAUUGGGGGACGAGGGUUCAAAGCCUACUAUUACUCAGGUGAAUGCCAGCAGGUCUUGUCAGAUGUGAGUGGCAACUUCAGCAGCCCACAUUUCCCCAACAUCUACCCAAACAACAUCAACUGCCACUGGAGCAUCACUCUAGCAGCUGGAUAUCGCAUCAAACUCUUCUUUCCCUUUAUGGACUUGGAGGACCGCAACAGUUUGUCAGAUGAGUGUGACUAUGACUCAGUUGCAGUUUACGAUGGGGACAGCCAGACAGACACCCUGCUGGGACGCUGGUGUGGCACUGAGCAACCCUCUUCUCUCAUCUCAAGGGGCAACAAGUUGCUGGUGGUGCUGAGCACUGACAGAAAUGAAGCUCAUAGAGGGUUUACUGCCUCUUAUCUCGGAGUGGUGCCUGUAAAUGUUAGCUGCACAAGAUCAGAAUUCACCAUUCUGAUACCACAGCAGUCCUUACCUCAGCUGGAACGUGAGAACAUCUACCUGGGGAACCCGUCCUGUGCAGCACAGUUAACAGCCACCUCCUAUAAGAUACUUGCACAGUUUGUUAACUGUGGUACCGCCAGUCAGAAACAUCGAAACAUCACCAUGCUUGUAAACAAACUCUACAUUGAUUUCUCAGACGGGAAGCAGCAAAAUGUACAAGAGUACAAGAUACAGUGCGAUGCCCUGCGGAAGAUAGCAUCAGUGUCCAUCAUUUCAGCAGAGGAGCGCCGUCUUGAAGAGCAGGCCCAGCAGGCCGACAAUGGCAGUAAUGGUCAUGUAGGAGAUCCGGAAGCUGAGCCUUAUGACUUUAGUGACAUUGUUUUCAUCAGUAUCUGUGUUCUAGCUGUCAUUCUCAUGAUAAUAGCAAUUGUUUGGCUGGUGCUGCUUUAGUGAUAUACACUGCUCAAAAAAAUUAAAGGAACACUUUGAAAACACAUCAUAUUUCAAUGUGGGGGAAAACAAACUGGACAUUUACAUUGAUAUGGACUGGUUAAUGUGUUAGGAAUAAAAAGAUGCCACACUGUUUGAUGGAAAUGAAAAUUAUCAACCCCCAGGAGGGCUAAAUUCAAGACAUUCGAAAAUCAAAGCAGUGCUCGAUUUAGACGGUCGCCAGGUCGCCGCGAGCUCCGGGAAUCAUGGCAUGUUGAUGACAUCAUACAAAGUGGCUGCCUCCAUGAAGAAAACAUGAUAGGCGGUUCAACUCAAUCGAGCGCUCGGUUUUGACGGUCGCCAGGUCGCCAUUUGCGACUAAAAAAGUCGCAAAUUGCGACCUGGCGACCAUCGAAACCGAGCGCUGUCAAAGUGAAAAACUGAUGUGGCAGACUCGUCCAUUUUCUGAAAUUCGUUGGCAGUAACUCAAAACGGUACUCAGUAGUUUGCAUGGCCUCCAUAUGCUUGUAUGCAGCCUGACAAUAUCGGGACAAGCUCUGAAUGAGACGAUGGAUGGUGUCCUGGGGUAUCUCCUCCCAGAUCUGAACCGUCUGGUGUUGGACAGAACAAAACAUAAUGUUCCAAAGGCGUUCUAUUGGAUUUAGGUCAGGUGAGUAUUGGGGCCAGUCAAUGCUGUCAAUUCCUUUAUCCUCCAGGAAGUGCCUGCAUCCUCUUGCCACAUGAGGUCAGACAUUGUCGUGCACCACAAGGAACCCAGGACCAUUGCACCAGUGUAGGGUCUGACAAUGGAUCCAAGGAUUUCAUCCUGAUACCUAAUGGCAGUCAGAGUGCCGUUGUCUAGCCUGUGGAGGUCUGUGCGUCCCUCCAUGGAUAUGCCUCCUCAGACCAUCACUGACUCACCACCAAACCGGUCAUGCUAAACCAUGUUACAGGCAGCAUAACAUUCUCCAUGGUUUCUCCAGACCUUUCCAUGUCUGUGACGUGCUCACAAUGAACCUGCUCUCAUAUGUGAAAAGCAAAGGGCACCAUUGGCAGACCUGCCAAUUCCUGUGUUCUAUGGUAAACGCUAAUCAAGCUCCACGGUGUCAGGCAGUGAGCACAGGACCCACUAGAGGACAUCGGACCCUCAGACCUUUCUCAUGAAGUCUCUUUCUGAUUGUUUGGUCAGAGACAUUCGCACCAGUGGCCUGCUAGAGGCCAUUUUGUAGGGCUCUGGCAGUGCUCAUCCUGGUCCUCCUUGCACAAAGGAGCAGAUAUCUGUCCUGCUGAUGGGUUGAGGACCUUCUGCAGCCCUGUUCAGCUCUCCUCGAGUAACUGCCUGUCUACUCGAACCUCCUCCAUGCUCUUGAGACUGUGCUGGGCAACACAGCAAACGGCACGAAUUGAUGUGCCAUUGUGGAGGAGUUGGACUGGCUCUUCAACCUCUGUCGGGUCCAGGUAUCGCCUCAUGCUACCAGUAGUGACAGUGACUCUAGCCAAAUGCAAAACUAAUGAAAAACAGUCAGAAAACACAAGAAGGGAAUAAAAUGUAAGUGGCCUUCAUGUGUAAAACCAAUCCUGUUUUGAGGGGUGUCUCAUUGUUACCCCUCUAGUGCACCUGUUGUUAAUUUUAUGAACACCAAAGCAGCUGAAGCUGACUAAAAACCCCCUCUUUUACUUACUUGACCAGAUCAGUAUCCCACGUUUGACUGAUUUGAUGCAAUACUUAGAUUAAAAAAAUGUUCCUUUAAUUUUUUUUGAGCAGUAUCUGUGUGUGUGUGUGUGUGUGUGUGUGUGUGUGUGUGUGUGUGUGUGUGUGUGUAUAUAUAUAUAUAUACAUACAUAUAUACACAUAUGAUGGUAUACAUCAAAGAAUGGACUCAAUGCUGAA